CGAUCGGGUAUUAGUUCCAGCGGGUAUGUUUCAGUCGUUCAGUGUACUACACUAGUCAAUGAGUCUUCCUAGAUGCAUGAAAUCAGAAACGGAAACUGAGGGGAAACUGAAGUCGAUCACAAAACAUGCGACAUUCUAGACAUCAUUAGCACCGCCAUUGUUAUCCCCUCUGCCACACAAUUUCUGGACUCACCACUAAAACACAACCGCACAAAAGUUCAACAAGCUAAUUGGCCUCUUGAUACCAAGAAAUUUAGAAACAAAAAUGUCGACAGAAGCAAAGAAGACUAUGAAGGCCGUAGUCUUUGAAGGACCCAAGAAGGUUUCUGUUCAGGAGAGGCCGAUUCCUGAGGUGCAAGAUCCUAGGGACAUCAUUGUCAAGGUGCAGAUGACUGCUCUGUGUGGCUCUGAACUCCACACCUACCGCGGCCGCGAGGCCUCAACCCCAGGUUUCAUCAUGGGCCACGAAUUCACCGGCGUCGCCCACGCCGUCGGCUCCUCUGUGAAGACCAUCAAAGUAGGCGACAAGGUCGUCGCCCCCUUCACCGUCUCCUGCGGCACCUGCUUCUACUGCCUUCACGGCUUCUCCUCCCGCUGUGCCUCCUCUUUGUUGUUCGGUUCCCCCGGGCUCGACGGCGGACAAGCCGAGUACGUCCGCAUCCCCCUUGCCGACGGGACCGCAGUCGUGGCCCCGCCCGAGAUCGAAGAUGAGAGGGCGUUGGUGUUGAUGGCGGAUAUUUUCCCCACGGGAUAUUUCGGCGCGAAAAACGCGUUUAAACUGAUGCAUGACCUGAACCCGGAGGAGGCGACGGUGGUGGUGGUGGGUUGUGGACCUGUGGGGCUUUGCGCGGUUGUAUCGGCGCUGGAGUACAAGCCUAAGCAUUUGUUUGCUGUGGAUUGUGUGGAGAGCAGGUUGGCGUUGGCGAAGGAGCUGGGCGCGGAGCCGUUGAACUUUGCGGAGGUUGAGAAGGGAGGUGUUGGGCUGGAGGGGAUGGUGAAGAGGAUUAAGGAGGUGACGGAGGGGAGGGGCGCGGAUGCGGUGGUUGAGGUGGUGGGAAGCAGGCCGGCGCUCAAGACGGCGUAUGAGCUUUUGAGGCCGUUUGGAGUGAUCAGCAGUAUUGGUGUCCAGGGACACUAUGAUUUACCUUGGUCGGGUGAAGAUGGGUAUAACAAAAACCUGAGAGUACAGAUGGGCCGAUGUCCGGUGCGGUCCAUCUUCCCGGAAGCGUUGGAGGUGAUGGGUAGAAACCAGCACAAGUUUGGCUUCAUGUACGACAAAAUCAUGCCCCUCGCCGAGGCUGUCGAGGGAUAUGAUCUCUUUGAUAACAUGAAGGUACAGAAGGUGAUCUUCACACCUUGAAUAGGAGCCAUGAUUUCUUCGCGCCGGAGAUGUCAUACGCAUGAGUAGAGUACGUCGGGGAGACCAAAUAGCCUAGCCAUCUACAAGUACUUCCAUAGACAGACAGACAACUACCGCAAUGCACCGACGGAUGCGGAACUUUGGUGUGCCUGGUAACUCUCUCAGUUCUGUCUAGGCUUCACGAGGCCGUUGUGCAUCCAGUAGUACGUAACAGUUGAAUCAUCUUGGACGGUCGCGAGCAAAAUACGCUUGCCACGCUUCGGGCCCCUCCAUAACUGCCACUGGGCAUCCUCGUUGGCGUUCACAGACUCGCCUCCGGGAGGGAGGGCCGUGAUGGCAUCAAAGACGGCCGCGAAGUCGCUAAUGGACCAUUUCUCAGCCAGGUGCAGCGGAAGAACCCAUUCCAGCUCAGGCUCCUGGGGAACACGCUGGUUCAACUGCUUCUCAGCCCUGAUGAUGUCGAUCUGCUCAUCGGGGUGCACAUAGAGGCGCUUUGGCGGGAGUCCAUAGAUGAGAGGUCGAGGGAGGUUGUCCUGAAUGUGUAUCUGGACCUGAGUCCAGUCGUGUUGAUUUUCCAGGUUGUUCACCACAACCUUUGUGAGAGCUUGGAGGUGUUGGUCGGCCGACAUGUUGGCAACAAUGGUAAGACAGUCUUGCGUUUGGGGUGACUGACUGAC